AUGGCAUCUCCCCCAGAACCCCGCGCCUGGCCUAUGGCGGAUGCUGCGUUGACACAGGAACUCUUGGAGUUGCUGCAACACGCCUUGUAUUACAACCAGCUCAAGAAAGGCGCAAAUGAAGUUACAAAGUCUGUGACCCGAAACAAUUCUGAGAUCGUCGUUCUCGCCGGCGACACCGAUCCUCUCGCGAUAUUGAUGCACCUUCCACUGCUUUGCGAAAACAAGAAUGUCCCGUAUGUCUUUGUGCCUAGCAAGCAGGCGAUGGGUCGCGCGUGCGCUGUGAGCCGGCCGAUUAUCGCAGCCACUAUCACCUCGAAUGAUGCUAGUGACCUGGCUCAACUCAUAGAGCAGGUAAGGGACAAGGUGGAGCGACUCGCAAUCUAA